UGCUGCAACGGUAAUGACGUAUGCAGUUAUGUCAUACAAUAAUACUAUUCAUUCCACUACUGGUCUGACACCUUUUGAGGUCGCCUUUGGACAUACGAAUGCAUGUAGCACGUUUCAUGUAGAUUUUACUAAACAAUAUACCCAAAAGUUGGUUAGGGAUCAUGCCAAGAGAACUGAAUAUCUUUACAAAUAUUUGACUGACAAGAUGAUUGAAAGAAAGGAAAAGAUUAGGAAUAAACGGGGAGGUGAGAAAGAGUUCGGAGUGAGUGAAGAGGAUGAUGUAUUUGUAAAAGGUGUGAAUACCCGAAGAAGUAAAGAUAAACCACGUUUUCAGAAGGCACACGUAACAGGUUCACGCUGCUACUGGUGCCGGCAAUGGCAGCCCUCGGCCUUCAACUUCAAAAAAUCAAUAACAACCCAGGCGUUUUACCCGUUAAGGAAGGCCAAGCGGUUAUUAGUUCUGACAAAUGGAUUGUUCUAAAAGUAUUAGAUUUGCAAGUGUUACGAGAGGAUUUGGAAUUCAACGUCAACCGAUACUCUAAUUUAAACAAUCACGUCUUAUCCUUUUUUGAUAAACAGAAACUACAAUACGAGAUACAUAACAUUAAAAUCCAGACAGAUCAUCUAAUGAACAUGACAAUAGACAAAUUCAGUCAAAUCAUCCCGCUGCAGAGAUCUAGGCGUGGAAUUUUAAAUCCUUUAGGCUCUUUGAUAAAGGCCAUAACCGGUAACCUCGAUAACGAGGACGCAAUCAAAUACGAGAAAUUGAUAAAUAGCAUAGGUAAACGUGAGAACAUACUUAUGGAAAGGAUUACUCUAAUCUACAAAAUUAUGCAUUCAUUUGUUAAUGUUUCAAAAUCUGCCAGAAACAAUUUCGUCCAGGUAGAUAAAUCACUGUGGGAAAUUCGCAAACAACUAAAUGAGACAAGUAAAACCCUAUUGUACACUCAACUGGUAAAUGCUUAUAAUUUAUUUUUACACACCUUUGAAAUGAUAUAUAUAAAACUGGACGAGGUUGAAACUGCUGUAGCUUUUAGUAGGCUCUACACUCUACAUCAAUCUAUCAUUAAUACUAAUGAAUUGUUAAAUAUAUUAAGUUCUAUCGCCAAAUCUCAUAGAUUACUAUUUGAUGUUAAUUUAGAAAACUUACAGAAAUUGGAGCAAAAUAUCCAAUUGAAAGCAUACACAAAAGGAAAUCAGAUAACGUUUAUAUUAGAGAUACCUUUAAUUUCAAAAGAAAAUUAUAUAUACUAUAAAAUGAUCCCGUUACCUAUUACCAAUCCAUUUAAUCAAACGACUCUCAUUCUACCCAAAAAUCCUUACCUUAUCCUGGAAGGGUCCAAAGCAGUCUGGCUAAAGCAACCCUGCAGAGAAGUCGACAAAGAAUUCUUUAUGUGUUUUAAAGAUGAAUGGCAGCAACCUCCGGCGGAUCCAUGUAUCGAAGAUCUCAUCAGGUUUUCAUCUAACACCAGCAAUUGCAACCCUAUCCUGGUCACAGUUAACAAUAUCAAAAUAGAGCCCUUAAAACCAAAUCAGUGGAUUGUAUAUAGCAAACUGGAAAACAUACUGAAGAAAUCGUGUGGGCUAGAGGAAAACCGGGAAAUCAUAAAGGGCACAUACAUACUUACUAUAGAUGAUGACUGUAAAGUGAACAUCAACGAAUUGAUGCUGGAAAGACAUCAAACUUUUGGCGCACCUGUAACCUCAUACAAAACGGCCUUCAUGACCUUACCUGACAUAUUAAAGACCGAACCAGUACCAGCAAGCAGACAUCUCAAUUUAGAUGAAACAGCACUGAUGGAACUGCAGACGGUUUCGAUGGAAGCGGAAAGAGCAUUCAAUCGUGAUGGUGAAAGUGAAAGUGUAAUAAAGGUGAAAAGUAUUAGUUUAGGAACGGUUAUUUUAUAUGUAUCUUUAGCUAUAAGUCUCUGUAUAUUCAUAGUAUAUAAAUUUAAGUUACAUUUAUUAUUAUGCUAUCAAAGUCAUCAAAAUGGAAAUGAUGACUUUGAUUCUAACGGGGGAGGAGUUAUGCAGCCUACACCUCCUAGAAUUGUUAUCAGUACGGGUGGCCGCCGCUGACUCGAGUCGCGCCAUGGCCACCGCGAAUUGCCGCGUAAGCUUUCGUCCAUUCUUGUUACUGGAAGCGAGGUGUGGGAUGCAUCCGGCCCAGCGAGAUAUGCAUGAUAGUUUUAGUUUAGCUUUUAGUCUUGUCUAAUAACUCGAAUGUAGAGCACAGCUCCAUUUUUAAUAAUAUAAAAUUCAAACUUCAA